CAUUUAAAUUAUCAUGACGAGACCGGAAAGUCCCGAUUGCUGUUUUUUUUAUUCGCUCAUUCUGUCUUUAUGUUACAGCUCGUCCAUCCAUCCCUCAUGUUAGCUAACAUGCUCAAGCAGCGUUCAUUAAAAUGUUUAGCUGUCUGUAGCAUCGGUAAUGUUAUCCUUCAUUUUUGACUGCCUCGUAAGCUGUCUGCCUUUGGCCUGCCAUUCAAGACAACCUCUAACCUUUUACUGGUCCUUCCUCCCACGUCCCUUCUGGUCCUGAGCUUCAUGCUAGUUGGAUCAGAUACAAAAAGCUGUGACUUGCUUAACACAUAUAUUGUUUUCUCUGUUUGUACUUCUGAUGUCCCAGUACAAACUCUUUCUGCUCAGACAUGGAGAGGGGGCCUGGAACAAAGAGAACCGUUUUUGCAGCUGGGUUGACCAGAAACUGAGCGACAAUGGGGUGACAGAAGCUCAAGACUGUGGCAGGCUCCUGAAGGAACAGGGCUUCAAGUUUGACAUAGUGUUCACUUCCAUACUGAGCCGUUCCAUCCAGACAGCAUGGCUUGUGUUGGAGGCCAUGGGCCAGGAGUGGGUCCCUGUGGUCAAGUCUUGGAGACUGAAUGAACGGCAUUAUGGUGCCCUGAUUGGCCUGAACCGGGCAGAGAUGGCUCAAGAACAUGGUGAGGAAAAGGUGAAGUUGUGGCGAAGGAGCUAUGACAUAACCCCACCCCCAAUUGAUGAAUCCCAUCCUUACUUCCAGGAAAUAUAUAAUGAUCGCAGAUACACAACUUGCGAUGUGCAGAAGGAAAACCUUCCCCGAGCAGAAAGCCUGAAAGAGGUGUUGGACAGGCUGCUGCCAUAUUGGGAUAGCACUGUUGUACCAGAGAUAAAGAAAGGCAGGACUGUGCUCAUUUCUGCUCAUGGAAAUAGCUGCAGAGCCCUGCUGAAACACCUGGAAGGGAUAUCAGAUGAGGAUAUUGUCAGUGUGACUUUACCCACUGGAAUACCUGUAUUGCUUGAGCUGGAUGAAAACCUCAAACCCGUGAAACCUCGUCAGCUGUUGGGAGAUCAGAUGAAGAUUCAGGCAGCUAUUAAAAAGGUGGAGGACCAGGGAAAAGCUAAAACAUCAACUUGAAUCAACUCUUAUGGCUGUAAGACUUUACUUUGGCUGUAGUUGGUUGGGUAUGAUUUAAUUAGGUAUAGUGAAAAUAAAGCUUUUCAAAAACUCUGAAACUAAUUGAUAUUAAAAAAUCAAAACAGAUUGUUGUUAAUUGUUAAUUUGAGUCUGAGGAUAUAUGUAAGUCUUCUCUGGAAGCUGCUGUAUGUGUCAUAAUGGCCUGGCUUUUUUCUGACAGGCCUGACUGAGCCCUGAGAACAUUCAGAUAUGUACUGUAAGUGUUUCAGCACUGUGUGGACAUGUGUUUGGUGUAAGCACUGAAGAAGUGUGUGUUUUUAUAUUUAUUUUGGAGCUACUUGUCUUGACUAAUGCGUGUAUGGUGAUCCUACAGAGGAGAUUAAAUUAUUUACUUAUGUGAAUUUUUGGUAAAGCAGAUAAAAGUCUAAACAUGACAUAUUCAGAAAGGAGAAUCAGCCUCCUUGCUCCAUUGCAUUAAAAAGCUUUGAUGGCAUAUUAUGGUCAUGUUAAAAAAAUGGUCAGGAACCGGGGUUUAUAUUUGAAAUAUUAUGAGGAAAAAAUAUGAAAAUAUUUUAUGAAUAUAUUUCAUAUUUUCAUAUAAAUAUGAAAAAAAAUUGAGUCAUACUUGGUAUAAAUACAGAUAAAGUCCAUAAAAUCUUAUCACUGUAGCCUGGUGAGUGGCUUGGGUUUGGUGUUAACUUGGUAACAUUUAGGAAAAGAUUCUGGUUUGUUAUGGAACCUCUAGUUUUCAUUCCGUCAUUUUGAUUAAUUCUUGGCCACUACAGAAGUGUAUCAUAAGCCAUCGCAGAAAGUUGUGGGUUUGUCCAUUUUCUGUUUAAUUCUGGAAAGUUUGGUUUGUUUAGUGUUGUUUUGGUUCCCUUUUAUUACAUAAUUAGCUUUAAAAGCUGAGUUGGUUGCGUUCCGGGGAUGAGCAGCAGGUUUUAGUUUGCCUGGUGUUCAUGUGACUGGUUGUGCAGCAGAUUGUGGUACACACAAAACUGAGAAACUACAUCUUUAAAAAUGAACGUUUUGGGUACAUAAGGGUACAUAAUUCCCAGUCUUACUAUGAACUAGGUUGUCAACUUUUACAGGAUUUUACCUCUAUUUAUACCAAACAUGGCUUCAUUUUGCAGACUUUUUUACUUUAAUCUCAGGAAAUAUCCCAGUUGUUUCUCCUAAAUGUUCUCUUUUUUUUUGCCAAUUUCUUAAACCCUGUAUUGAUUGCUUAUGUUUUCUUUACCUAAACUGACUGUAUUACACUGUUUUAAUAAGCUUUCCAAAUAUUCUCCUUUUUUAAUGUGUGCCUUCAUUAUUUGUCCAGAAAUUCAGUUGCAUUAAAGCUGCAGCACUUGGCAGUUUUUAGUGUCAUUGGGCAAAAAUCCCAUAUUUCCUUUUCAGUAUAUAGUUGAAGUGGUCUGAGAGGACAUGAGAUUUCUGCAUCUCCUUACCUUUGUUUUCAGGAUGUAGCAAAUCUACUUCCUGAUACAGGUUUUUGUCCAAUCGAAGGUGCUUUGAGACAGCUAGGAGGGUUAAAAACAAGGCUGACAGUUUUAAAUACCAUUCGCUAAAUAGAUUCCAUCAGAAGCUUGGAAAAUUAGCUUCACUUUUCCAUAAGAAGAUCAGACAAGGUCAGGUUCAUCUAUAUUUGUUAAUUUAGUUUGUUUAGUUUUUUGGUUUGGACUGAGAGGAGAGAGUGGCAGAGGGAAGGCGUGUAUUUUCACUUUCUGCUGUUUUAUCCUGAUUUCAACUCCUGCAGCUUUAAGUAACUUGUGCUAAAUGAACUGCCUGUGGUGAUUUUAUAAAUUUUUUUUAGAUUUUGGAGUUAAAUCUCUCCUUGAACAACUCCAACCCUCGUAAAAAAUAUUUAAGGGAAACUUGAGAGCCAAAUGCUGUACAUGUGCUAAACCACAAAAUCCAUAAACGUCUGUGUAGGUCUUUGACAUGUUUAAUGGCUGUUAAAUAAGAGAAAUGGUAGAAGUUUUAUAGUAGUAAAACACUGGUUAAUAACCACUUCUAAGGAUCUUAUGAUUGUGUUCAUGCCCUUUAACUGUGAAUAUGAAAAAAUUAUUUUGGAUUAAUAUAAUUAGGAUUUUAACCAUUUUAAACAGUUGGUACUUUUUCAUUUUUUUGCUAAAUUAUUAUGUGCACUUAUUUAAUACUACCAGGAACUGUUACAUGAGGGAAUUUGUUACAAACUAUUCUCCAGAAGGACAUGCAAACCUUUUUAUUUGAUGUACACUCCAUUUCACGUUACAUGUGUUACUUCAGUGUACUGUGCUGAUGUUUGUACUCUAGGCAUCCUUUACAUCUUCAUUUUCCUUUAGCCACAGAAAUAUGAUCUGUUACAGAAAAGAAUAAGUUAAUAAUAUUGAAAACUGUGUUCUAUUUGUAAAACGUUGCUUUGUCUUCCCUGCUGUCUACACCUGCCUGAUGAAAUAAAAGCAAAUUCAAGUUGUCAA